AUGGGAUUAGCAGCAAGACUAAGGCCGGCAACCAGCAACCGAAGAACCCGCGAGAUGACAAUGGCCAGCAGGCGGGUAGCGUUGGCAACCAAGGAGGCCGUGAUGGAAAUGGGCGGUUGUCAACAGCAACCGUCACACAACCAGAAACAGCAGUGGCAGGCACAGUUGGCUUACAUUAUCCGUAAGUCCCGGAAGGAGCGGAAGAAGAACUCGGAUGGUGAUCGCCAUGGUGGUAG